AAACUGAUAGAGAGACGUAUUGUAUCAAUGAAAAAGCGAUUUGUCGGGCAAAGAUUUCACAACUUCUUCGCGCGGCUGUAAAAUUCGAAUAUGAAACAUUUGAAAGAACUCUGCAACAAAUUUUGCCAAUUGGUGUUGAAUUCAAAGAGGAAUAUUUAGAAGGGCUUGCAUUCAUUAAUAAUGAACUGGCAACUGGAAAAACAAUUCGUUAUUUGAACGUUGAAGAUUUGCCUGAAGACCCAAUUAAAAGGCUAAAAUUACUAUUUUCUCUUCGACAGUCUUGGGAAGAAUCGGCUAUGCAACAAUAUCUCAAUGAUCUUUGCCCCACAAAACGACAUUUAAAUGAACUUUUAAUGAAUUGUUGCCGACAGACAACCACUGUUAAUGGCGAAAAAUUGCUGGUUGGUUUAAAAGAAAUGUUGUUGUAA